AUGUAUAAGCGGCUUCGUGAGAGCAACGUUAGAGCAGUGGGCACUACUACUACUGGGGAGUUCCUCAAUUGGAGCAAGGUUUUAAAUGGUGUUGGUGAUGAAAGGACGGGGCAUUUGGAGAGUGACAACAUUGAGCGUGGAAGCGGUGAUGGAGAGAAGAACGAGAAUGGGCACAAUAGAGAUGUUGAAGGAGUGGGAUGUCUGGAGAUUGAUAAGGAGUAUGAACAAUAUGAGAGGACAAUGGGUACACAAGAACAAGAACAUGAGCAAAGUCUUGAUAAAGGGAACAAUCUGGCUGCUCGGGAGCUGAAGGAUUAUUUGUUAGAUAUUCAACGACAAAUCGAACCCUCCACUAGGAAAAUGCAAGUACCAAACCAAAUCGACCACUUAGUAGAUGUCAUUUCUCAGACUGCAAGGGUUAAUAGGAGUGGAGCAAGCGGUCAUGACCACACUGAAACACCUGCGAGUGUUGGCGAAUUUUUCCUUCUGUAUAAUCUGGAAAAGUCUUGUUGUUUGGUUCAUGAAGUUGUGGUUUUAAUUGUGAAGCAACAGGAUAAUGCAAGUGAUAAAAGUUUGAGUAGUCAGGGAACAUUGUCUGAAAGAGUUCGGCCUUGUCUAUCUAACCUGUUGAAGAACGAAUUCCUCUGUCAGAAGGACAAACAAAUACUGGACGCCUGA